CAUAUGAUACAUUAAAAGCUAUGCACAUAGGUAUAAAGAGAGUAUGUAGUAAGCGAAUCUUACACACCAAAGCUAAUAUAUUCGAAAUUCUACACAAUGAAGACAUUGCAAUCAUUCCUGAAAGAGUACUUUCACUGUUACCUAAAGCAUCGCAAAAAUGUAGCACUUCUAAAGAUUUUAUUGAUGAAGCUACUUCCAUAGUCAAAUAUAUCGAUCAAUUAAGUCCGGAACGACUCAAGAAUGGCAUAUUGAAGAAUCAUGGCCGAUGGAUAGCGGCAAUUCAAAGAGCACAGGCUUAUGGAUUACGACUUACAACGCCUAUGGUGAUACUCAAGGACGCAUUUGAAAAUGAGCAAUUGAAAUUAAAGGGAUUGUCUUCUAGAGAAUUUGCCACAUUGGCAAGUAUAUGUGCUUCCCAGAGGACUGAGGAGUCGUAUAGAAUCCUAAAGCUAAUGUGCCAUGAUAAUAUAGUGGCAUGGAUGAUUCCAGAUUUGAACAAUUCGGACUUUGCCCUGUUUUUAAGUUCCUUAGCCAAAACUGGAAAUAUCCAUAGAGUAAGCCCAUCAUAUGUGGAAUCGCAAUUGUUUGAUAGGAUGAAUUCAAUGAGUACAUUUGAUAUUUCGUUGGCAUUUGAUGCAUUAAGCGCGUACAGGCGUAGGAAUGAGGCCCUAACGAAUCUUGCGUUGAAAAGGUUUGCAGAGCUAUUGGAAUCGAACGAUUAUGACAUAAGUAGUGUUAAAAAAACUAUUAGUAGUAUAGGCUCUCGUAUGGCGUCAAACGCAAAAUAUAGGGUGAAGGGUGAUGACAAAUGGAAGUACCAACCAGAUUCUCCACCUAUGCUUAAUGACAUAGCCAUGUUCAUCAGGUCAAUGUCGAGGAGUGAUUCGGCGAACGUUGAAGAUCUAACAUAUUUGCAACGGAUAGUGACUCAGCUAAAUAGGAUAUACCGAUAUCUAGAUACUGGUGCUUUGUUACAUGACAAGAGGGUCUUGCCCAACUCUACAACUGUACUUAUGGCGUUGUCCAUAUGGAGGACCAAAUAUGGCGACUACAUUCAUGAUAUUGGUAUGGAUCGCUUAAUUGUCACCAUAUUGCUAUAUAUCGCACAACCCAUAUCUCUUCCAUGUAUAUCUAUAAAGGAACGCACAAAGAUAUGUAUUGCAAUUCAGGCUUUUUGGCACUUAGCCAACGGUAAAAGGUACCCAGAACUAGUGAAUCAUGUAUACAGGAGUAUAGUUAACCCCGAUGAUCCGCAACUUUUGAUGUCGUUGUCUUCCAUCAAAACAAGUGGGUCAAAUGGAGAUAUUGUCAGAGAUAUCUAUGAAGAAGUUAACACACACCUGAUAGACAUCAUAUGUGACGAUGCUAAAUGUACGUUUAUAACCGAAGUAACCAUGCCUCCUUAUGUAACAAGCGUUUUAGACUUGAGAGGUUAUGUGAAGCAAAAUUACGUAGAUAAUCACCCAAUUGAAUGACAAAUCAGA